AUGGGGCUACGAGUUGCCAGCCUUUUCGUGCUCGGGCUGGCUCUCGCCUAUGCGAACGAAAUAAGAAAAGGUAAGACAAGAAACCAUGGCCACUCUGUCUGCAGCACUUGGGGCAACAACCAUUUCAAAACUUUUGAUGGAGACAUCUAUCAAUUCCCCGGCGUUUGCGAGUACAAUUUUGCUUCUGACUGCCGCGAGUCUUACAAGGAGUUCUCUGUCCACAUUCAGCGCGCUCUGAACAGCAAUAACCACCCCGAGAUCCACUACAUCCUGCUCACAAUCAAAGACUUCACGGUGUACCUCAGACCAAAAGUGGCUGUGGUGGAUGGACGGCUUGUGAAGACACCUUACUACAGCUCUGGUGUGCUCAUUGAGAGCAAUGACAUUUACACCAAGGUUUAUGCCAAAUUAGGCCUGACUUUGAUAUGGAAUCAGGAAGAUGCGCUGAUGGUGGAGCUGGACAGCAAGUUUAAUAACUAUACCUGUGGUCUCUGUGGGGAUUACAAUGGAGUUCAAAUCUACAAUGAGUUUAUUGAUGGAGUUACAAGCUACAAUGCAAUCACGUUUGGGAAUUUACAGAAGAUCAGCAAACCUAAUGCCAAAUGUGAAGAUCCUGAUGAAACUCAGGCUCUGCCAAGCUGCAACAAGCAUCGUGAUGAGUGUGAGAGGCUGCUGACUUCGUCCGCAUUUGCUGAUUGUCAGUCACGCCUUAAUUUGGAAAUGUACAUCCAAGGAUGCAUGCAGGACAAGUGUGCCUGUCAUGGAAGUGAGGACUCCUUCUGCCUCUGCAGCACCAUCUCCGAGUAUUCUCGUCAGUGUUCGCAUGCGGGUGGCCGGCCGGGUGAAUGGAGGACACAGAGCUUUUGCCCCAAGACCUGUCCUGAUACCAUGAUCUAUAGAGAAAGCAGCUCGCCCUGCAUGGAUACUUGCUCCCACUUGGAGAUCAGCAGCCUUUGUGAGGAACACUACAUGGACGGUUGUUUCUGCCCUGAAGGAACCGUGUAUGAUGAUAUUACCGAAAAAGGCUGCAUCCCUGCCAGCCAGUGCCACUGCAAACUCCAUGGAGAGGAGUAUUCACCAGGAGAAAGCAUUACCAAUGAAUGUGAAGAAUGCACCUGUGCUUCAGGCAGAUGGACGUGCAAGGACUUGCCCUGUCCAGGCACAUGUUCCGUGGAAGGAGGUUCCCAUAUUACCACCUUCGAUGGGAAGAAAUACACCUUCCAUGGAGACUGUUACUACGUGUUGGCCAAGGGAACUGUAAAUGACAGUCAUGCUCUCCUGGCAGAGCUGACUCCCUGUGGCUCCACAGACAGGCAGACCUGUUUGAAGACUGUUGUGCUGUUAGUAGAUCACAAAAAAAAUGUGGUGGUUUUCAGGUCAGACGGCAGCGUGCUACUGAAUGACAUGGCUGUGAACGUGCCUCACGUGUCAGCCAGCUUCUCAAUAUUCAAGCCAUCUUCCUACUACCUUAUUGUACAAACAUCCUUUGGGAUUCAGCUGCAGAUCCAAUUGGUUCCAGUCAUGCAGCUGUUUGCGACCGUGGAUCAAUCAGUUCAAGGAAAAGUUCAAGGUCUUUGUGGAAACUUUAACGGGAUGGAAGGCGAUGACUUUAAAACCACCAGCGGGCUGGUAGAAGCUACAGGAUCUGCCUUCGCUAACACGUGGAAAGCUCAGUCCACCUGUGCGGACCAGGCAGAAAAGCUGGAAGACCCCUGCAGUCUCAGCAUUGAAAGCGCAAAUUACGCUGAGCAUUGGUGUUCUUUGCUGAAAAACUCCGAGGGACCUUUUGCAAGAUGUCACUCAGUCAUCGAUCCUUCAGAAUACUAUAAGAAAUGUAAAUAUGACACCUGCCUCUGCGACGACAAUGAAGAAUGCCUGUGUGCUGCCUUGUCCUCUUACUCAAGAGCCUGUGCGUUCAAAGGGAUCAUACUGGGAGGCUGGAGAAAAAGUAUCUGCAGUAAAGAAGAGUCUGCCUGCCCAGGAAAUCAAAUCUUCCUUUACAACCUUACAAUGUGCCAGCAAACGUGUCGUUCCCUUGCUGAUGGCGAAAAGCACUGCCCACAAGACUUUGCUCCUGUGGAUGGCUGUGGCUGCCCGUACAACACCUACCUGGAUAACCACGAUACCUGUGUGCCCAUCUCCGAGUGCCCGUGUUACUACAAGGGGUCGUACCUGGAACCGGGGCAGUACGUCACGAAAGACGGAGAACGUUGUGUUUGCCGAAAUGCGAAGGUCCAGUGUACUUCAGUGACAGUAGGAACAAGCAACACAACCGAAUGUCCUCCUAACAAGAAGUACUUUGACUGCGACGCAUUCCCAGACUGGGAUUCGCAAACACCAAUACAAUAUAGCUGUCAUACCCUUCAAAGUGAUCACUUCCAGACAGAGUGUACCUCGGGCUGUGUGUGUCCUGAAGGUCUGUUUGACGAUGGGAGAGGAGGCUGUGUUGAGGAGCAGAACUGCCCGUGCGUUCAUAACAACCAGUGGUAUCAUCCUGGAGAGAAGAUAACUGUGGACUGCAACACCUGUACCUGCAAAAAAGGGGUUUGGAGCUGCACUGAACACAUGUGCUAUGGGACCUGUACGAUAUACGGAAGUGGCCAUUAUAUCACCUUUGAUGGAAAAUUCUAUGACUUUGAUGGGAGUUGUGAAUACGUGGCUACUCAGGAUUUUUGUGGUAACAAAAGUUCCGGUGGCUCGUUCAGUAUCAUCACAGAGAAUGUCCUUUGUGGAACUACAGGAGUCACCUGCUCAAAGGCUAUUAAAAUGUUUCUAGGGAAAACCGAACUGAAAUUGGAGAACAAAGAUUAUAAAGAAAUUCAGCGCGAUAUUGGUGAAGAUGUGCGCUACUGGAACAGGACAGUAGGGCUCUACCUCGUGAUUGAGGCUAGCAACGGUGUGAUGCUUAUCUGGGAUAAAAAGACUACUGUUUUCAUCAAACUGAGCCCCGAUUACAAGGGCCAAGUGUGUGGUCUCUGUGGCAACUUCGAUGACAAGUCUAACAACGACUUUACAACAAGAAGCGGGGUGCAAGAGACUAAUGCCCUGACCUUUGGGAACUCCUGGAAACAGUCUUCCAUGUGCUCAGAUGUCACAGAAGUGAUUAAGCCCUGUGAUGUGAAACCACAUCGGAAGUCCUGGGCAGAGAAAGAAUGCAGCAUUAUCCAAAGCGAAGUCUUUAAAAUUUGUCACUCCAAGGUGGACCCGAAACCUUUCUAUGACGCUUGUGUCCACGACGCCUGCUCCUGCGACAGUGGCGGAGACUGCGAGUGCUUCUGUUCUGCGGUUGCUGCGUAUGCUCAGGAGUGCACCAAGGCCCAGGCCUGUGUUUUCUGGAGAACUCCGGAUAUCUGCCCGAUAUUUUGUGACUACUACAACCCUCGUAAUGAGUGUGACUGGCACUAUGAGCCUUGUGGCAGUAAUGUCAUGACCUGCAGGGUGAUUAAUAACAUCAGCACCAACUUUUCAGUACCAUACCUGGAAGGUUGCUACCCCAUGUGCCCUGAGGAGAAGCCUGUUUAUAAUGAAGAGACACAGGAAUGUGUGACUGCAGAGGAAUGUGGGUGUUACAUCAAUGGAACCUACGUACCCCCUGGGCAAGAAGUACCCACAGAAGACAACUGCACAACAUGUGUCUGCGUCCCUCCAGGAUCCAUAGAGUGUAAACCAAGCAAAGGGUGCCCUUGUGUCAUCAAUGGAACAAGUUACCAAGAAGGUGACGUUGUGGCACAAAUACAGAAUGGCAGCAUGUGUAUAAUAUACGUUUGUGCGGAAAAUGGUUCUGUGGUUCCUAAAGAUAUUUUUCCUUGUCCGACUUCUACGUCACCUACCACCAUUUCAACCUCCUCUCCUACCACUACUCUCACCACAAUUACCACUACAAGCCCUCCACCAACUACAACUCCGUGCUUUGGAUUAGUCUGUACUUGGACAGAGUGGUUUGAUGUUAGUAACCCUGAAGAAGACGGUGGUGACUACGAAACCUACAAAGCAAUAAGAAAUGAACAUGGAGACAAAAUAUGUGAAGCUCCUGAAGAAAUUCAAUGCAGGGCUAAGGAUAAGCCUGAUGUGAGCUUAGAGGAACUUGGCCAGAAAGUUGAGUGUAAUGUUUCAUAUGGCCUCAUCUGUAAAAACGAGGACCAAGACAUAACUAUGUGGCAACUCUGCUAUAAUUAUGAAAUUAGGGUAAACUGUUGUGAGUGGCAAGAAAUUCCUUGUGAGGCUACAACUACACCGAGUCCGACGCCAACUGCAACUUCAACCACCACCAGCACUACAGUCCCCACCACCACUACAACCAGGCAGCCAACAACAAUCACCACCACGCCCGUACCCACCCCAACCGUCACACCAUCGGUCCCUGCCCCAGGAACAACCUCUUCAGCUCCACCUUCGUCCACAACAAGCACACCAUCCCCUCCACCCAGCAGCACUACCACUCCCACACCAACGCCAUCAAGGCCUCCCAGCACCACCACAACAACCACAACAACGCCUCCCAGCACCACCACCACGAUGCCUCCCAGCAGCACCACCACCACGAUGCCUCCCACCAGCACCACCACCACGAUCCCUCCCACCGGCACCACCAGCACCACCACCACGAUGCCUCCCACCAGCACCACCACCACCACAAUCCCUCCCAGCAGCACCACCACUCCGAUUCCUCCCACCAGCACCACCAGCACCACAACGAUCCCUCCCAGCAGCACCACCAGUACCAGUACCACGACAAUUCCUCCAAGCAGCACCACCCCUAUAGCACCACCCACAAGGGUGCUGGUGCCCUGGCUUGUUGUCUCUGUUCUGGCCAUUUCUCACUGUUCCUCUUGUUGUUGUCCCCCAGACUGUUCCUGCGAGUGGACGGACUGGAUUGACGUGAGUUACCCAGAUAGUUCUGACAGAAACAGCGGUGACUACGAAACCUUUGAGAACAUUGCAAAAAAUGACUCCUCCUGGUUCUGCGCGAAGGCUGAGAAUAUUUCCUGCAGAGCAAAGAAAUUCCCAAACAUUCCCAUUGAAGAUUUAGGGCAGAAGGUGGAAUGCAGCGUUGACGUUGGGCUCAUCUGUAACAACAGCGAUCAGAACAUAGGAGGUAUAAUGCCGAUGCCGGUCUGCCUCAACUAUGAGAUCAGGGUCUGCUGCACCCCUGACAUCCCAGAGUGUAUUUCAGCUACCACCACGAGCACCACGACAGCUCCACCUUCGUCCACAACAAGGAGCACCGUGUCCACCACACUCACGUCAACAACCAGUCCCACACCAACAACAUCGCAGCCUCCCAGCAGCACCACCAGCACAAUGCCUCCCAGCACCACCACCACCACCACAGUGUCCCCCAGCAGCACCACCA